CUUCGCCGAGUAUGGAACUCUGUGUCUGUCUGUGUUAUUAUUGUUGCUUCCAGAGAAACGGGAAGAGAAAAUGGCGGACGGGCUUCACAAUGAACUCUUCUUUUCCUUGAUAUCUGACAUUAAGUCCUACAGUGGGAAAGACCCUCUUCUCCCAUGGCUCCGAGGAGUUCGAAAGAUGAAGGAAUCUCUCCCUCCUCAGCUUCUCAAGUGUAAGCUCCCGCGAUUCCUACAGAAAUGCGCUCAAACAUUCGAGGCUGAUCACUGUUACCGGAAUGACUUGCGAUAUCUCAGUGUUUGGGUACAACUGUUGGAUUUUGUGGAUGAUCCUCGGGCACUUUUGAAGACGAUGGAGGCGAAUCGGAUUGGAACAAAGCUGGCCCUAUUUUAUCAAGCCUAUGCUCUGCACUAUGAGAAACACAAGAAAUUUGAGGAUGCAGACAAGAUGUACAGUUUGGGGGUGCAGAACCUCGCAGAGCCUGCUACUGAGUUGCAGAAGUUGUAUGAGCAAUUCCUUCAUCGUAUGGAGCUUUACAAGAAAAGGAAAAUCAGGGAAGGAAGAACUGCCUUGAGGCCCCUGGCUGCCAGGACCGUCCCUGCUCACUCCGGAGAGAAUGAACAAACCAAAGAAGAGAAUAGGAAAUUAGGAGCAUGCUCUGGGACUCCAUUACUCGAAACAGAAAAUAGCAGUAAAAAUUCUCAGAGAAAGAAGGUAGUAGAAGAAAGCUCUCCUGAUAUGAUGAGGAUAAAAUCAGAUUCCGAGGCUCACCUUCACCAUAGCCAUAUCGAGGUUUUAGUAGACUGCUGUGAUACUGGAAUAUCCUAUGAUUUUUCUCCAAAGAAGGAAGUCAUGGGAACUGUAGGCCCCAAAAGCUCCUUCAAGCAUCAAGAGUCCAAUUAUGUGGAAUCAGAUAAAUCAAGCAGAGUUUACAUUGAAGACGCAUUUGUGGUGAAGUUUGUAGAUACUGCAAUAGUUGGAAAGUCCGAACCUGAAGAUGCCUGCCAUCGUGGUUUGGUAGAUCCAACAGUCAACAUGAAGGAAGCUAUGAGGGCCUUUAAUUGCAUGUUUCAGGAGCCUUUAGAACCAGAACCAGUGGGUUGGAGAAGAUCACAUAGAACCCAACCCAGAUUAAAUCAGGCUGUUAGCAAUGGAUUUGAGCUGUUUAUUGAUGAAGGCUUGGAUAAUGGGGUUGUAUUAUUUGAUCAGAGAGUGGAAAAGGAUUGUUCACUUCUGUUUGACUCUGUGCAUCCUGCAAAUCCUACAUCACCAGAGAAAAACAGGAGAUUUGAAACAACGAAGCCUGUUCAAAAACCCUUCGAAAUAUUUGUUGAUGAUGAGUGUGAUGUUGAGGGUGGUGACAACAAACACGGGAACAAUAAUUUAGCACACCAUGCCGCCCAGCAACCUUCUGGAAAUACCAUGUUACCUGCUCCAUGUGUAAAUGCAUUUCUAUUUCCAUGUCCAAAGGAUCCCUCAUCCAAUGGCUCUGGUAAUCAGGACAUAGGUACCUCUACCAGCUUGAAAUUCCAGAAGGAUACAGUUGUUUGUAGGUUUGUGGGGUCUAUUUUGGAUGAGCCAGAGGUGGAGAACACGUGCCAUCAUGGAUUAAUAGAACCUACAAUCAACUUGAAGGAGGCUAUGGAUGACAUAAACAGCAUGUUUGGAAAACCUUUUCAUUUUGUGAAGUUCAACAGACCAAAGCAGCAAUGUAAAGUAUCAGAUGGCAAUAAGGGGGACCACAGUGGGUUUUUCAUUCUAUCUGAUGAGGAUGUAGAAGAUCAACCAAAAGUGAUAGCUCCAUUGAGUUCACCUAGCAAACUGGGCAGGGAAUUUGAUUUAUUUGAGCCAACUGCUGUUACAAAGGAGGCCAUGUUUGAGAUAAGUGAGAUGUUUGGCAAGCCACUGGAUUUUUAGGAAGAUGUGUUAACUUAAUUGCUUGUUCAAAGCAGGUAGAGCCUUCCUUCUAGGAAGAAAGAAGGCCUGCUUACUAUAGCAUCUACUCUUUCCCUUUUACCAGAAAUCGUGAAGGGUGGGCACUUGACUUUACAGGGGAGGAAUUUUUUUUUCAUCCCUCUUUGUUGCAAGGCUAUCUAAGUUUUUCCUAGAACCUUGUUAAUGAUUUCAGUAACUGGGUAAAAUUGAGGAAUUGUAUAUGGUUUUUGAUUUACUGUGUCAAAUUUGUGGGAUUUAUGGACAUAAGGGAGCUGAGGAUCUAAGACACUGGCAUUGCUGAUUUACUUUCA